AUGACUCGAGCCUACAUCACGUCCAUUCCCGUCGGCGUGGUGAUGAAGAAGGCCGGCUAUUCGGGAUUCACGCAGGACUACUUCUUGGGUCGCAGUAGGGUGGAACCGGGAGACGAACUCCUCGCUCUCAUCGCCGAGCACAUCUUCCUCGACGUCGACGACCUCCUCAACAAGGCAGAAGAACUCGCGAAGAAGGGGUCCGACGCCGACGUUGCGGCCGUGCAUUUCUGGCGCACCCUUCUGAUGUUCCGCCGCAUUGUCGCCGAGGACCUCGCGGUGAAACUCGUCCGCACCCCUUGGCACCCGUACAUCCAGUAUUCCAAGCUCUGCCGGAUUCCCCUCUUCCAGCACUGGGCGAAGAGGGUCGAGAAUACCGACACCGACACCAUAAAAAAGCGGCAAGAUCCAACCCUCAUCCAGCCAGAGGAGAUAUCGGUCCGCCAUGACGCCCAGUUCGCGGUCGUCUCCCUCACGGAGACGCUUAAGCUCGAGAGGGAGCGGUCAACGGUCCAGAAGCUCGACCUCGAGGAGAAGAUCGAGAAUCGCGACGCAACCAUCGCGUCGCUCGCGGCCGAGAUAACACGCCUCACAGAGGCUCUCCGCGUUUCAGAAGCUCGAAGGAUGCCGGAGGCGCCGCCAGCUGCUAACGACCAGUCGCCGAGCAACGGUGGCUCCGCGGAGUCGGCAAGCAGGGGUGGAGGAGCCAACAAACCCAAUAAACCCCCACAGACGGUCGAGGAGGCUACCUACGAGCUGAACGUAGUGCAGCCUUGGCGGACUGCAACGACCGUCAAGGACGCGUGGCGCCUCUGGACCUCGUGCACCAGCGCCGACACCCGUCGUCUGUGCGACAGGUUCAGGGAGCCGGGAUUCGUCGACCGCCACACCCUCCUCGACGGAGCCUCGCAGGGAGCACACGGGAAGAGGGUGCGCCGCAUGAUGAAGGUCAUCGAUGCGGUGCGCCAGCUUCGCAGGAGCGACGGCGAAGCCGACACGGAAGCCACCGUCGACGCGCUUAACAAGAUAGCGGCGCCUGGCAUUGGGACCUUCGCGAAUGCCCUCACGGUGCUCAACGCGGACGCCGUAGCGACCUAUGGUGGGCAGGGUAAGGGCGUCAAAGGGCUCGGCAAGACGGAAUUUUCCAAGCUUCGUGUCGCCUGUGCGUUCGUGGCGCGCGGGCUCAAGCCCGAAACGUGGGUCGCCGACCUGUUCCCGGACACCUGGGUUGAGCAGAUGAAGAAGACGUUGGCCGACCUGGCCCGCGAAAACAACGCCGGGCAGCUGCCUCCGACCAAUAAGUCGACCAAGCGCAAAAAAACCGCUUGA